GUGCACCGCGCAUAUCAGAAGGUUUACGGUAGAUUCUGAUAGCAUCGUUACCGUGGAAACCAAAGAUGCUAAUAAGUUUACGACAUGAACGAAAAUGCACGUAGAGCUUAAAUAAAAGGAUUAGAAGUCUUAAUAUAGUUUCUGCUAGUAAAUUGUUUUAAUGUCUGUCGUGUUAAACAUUUUGAAACGUUGGAACAUUUGUUUGAUUUGCUGUUAGGUAGCUUUAGCCAGAUAGCGUCUGUCCAUUUGACAUCGGCUGAGCUGUGACAAGGGGGAUGGGCGUUUAAAAAAGACAUACAAUUACAUAAUAGGAAUACAUAAGCAAAGAUAACGAACCCAUAUUAACUUUAAGGGCGAAGUUAUAUAUGACACAUAGUUUGUUUUGAUUACCUACACUUUUCAAGACACAUGGAGGACAGCGAAACCAGCCAGAGUGACACAGAAGAACUGAAAGCUUCAGCUAAUGCACUAGAGUUUAUUAACAACAUUGCACCCAGUGAUCUGGACCAAUGUUUGUUUGCGGACUCGCUGGUGAAUGUAUCCGAGUCGGGCAGAGAACUGGGAGAUUUCUCUAUCAGCGUCUCUAGGGCGAGCUAUAAUGAAGAGCUCUGCUUUCUGCUCCAUGCCAGCAGUCAUGGGGUGAUUGAUGAAGUACCUUGUGGCACAUCAAUUGUGGCUUAUAUAUCUGAAAGGCUUGAAAUAUUGGAAGAGAAUCAACAUGAAUAUGUAAAGUUAGAAAACCAGAUGCUGGAUCGGAAAGUACAAAUGAUUAGACAAGAUGAUCAGCUAGUGGUAAACAGGAUAAUCUCAGAUAAAGAGGGAGUGAAGACGCAAACACACACAUUUCCACUAAUCUCUCUAAAAGGCUUUGUAUCUGAGGCUUCCAACUUUCUGAUCCUGCGCAUACUGACUCGACAGAAGAUUGUUCCAGAAAACCUGACGUUUCUGUCAUUUGAUGCAGAUACUGUGAUAUCAAAGUCAACCUAUAGAGCCCUCGGCUGGAAGAAACAGAAAAUUGGGGAAGAAUUGGUCAAUAUUUUUGGAAUAGAAAGGACUGUCUCUUCUGCAAAGGAAAUCCCAUCAACUUGGAACUCCUACCUCCUGUCUGAUGGGCAUCUAGCAAGCAGAGUACAGUUAGGUUCACCUGCAAUGAUGACGCUACUACAUUUGCCUCUCUUGCAUGAUGGAGGGGACAAUGACCAAAUUCCUGUUUUUGAGAAGAAGCCACUCAUCUGGGAAGAAGACAUGGAGCUUAACUCAAAGUUUCUGGACAGAAAGGAAGAACUGAAAGCAGAUUACUCCACCUACGUCAGGCAACACCCGGAGCUAAAAGCUUUAAUGGCUGACUUUCUGCAGUUCCUGCUGUUAAGGAAACCAUCAGAUGUCUUCUCAUUUGCUCGUGACUUCUUCACACCCUUUGCUUCUCAAAGUCCUCCAGGAAAUUCCUGUGAAAACUCCCAAGUCUAAAAAUUCCCGACAUACUGGAUGACUAAUCCUAACCCAUGAUGUGUUUUAUGUAUCAGUGAUGUUAAAAGAAAUAUUAUAAAAUAAAAUAAAGCUUUUCUCCCAAGG